AUGACGGUGCGCGGGGGGAAGAAGCUCUGCAUCUCCAUCCAGGAACACAUGGCCAUCGACGUCUGCCCCGGGCCAAUCAGACCCAUCCGCCAGAUCUCCGCAUACUUCCCCCGCGUCUCCCCCACCUCCCCCACCCCACUCUCCCCCAACCCGGCCUCCACGGUCAUCCUCGGUGGCGCCGGCCUCGGGGGCUUGGUCUCUGGCCCGGCGGCGGGUCACCUCCUGUCACCGCUGCUGCCUCACGGGGGCGGGGCUAUGGGGCGCGGGGGUGGAGCUAUGGGGCGAGGGAGCGGGUCCCUCUCCCAGACCAGCAGCAUGGACACGUCCAUGGAGAUCCACAGCUCAGACAGCGACGACUGCACUGCUCUAGGAACGCUGGAGUUUGAGUUGUUCUACCAGCAGACCACCAGCCAACUGCACUGCACCAUCCUCAGAGCUAAGGGUCUUAAACCCAUGGACUUCAAUGGCUUGGCCGACCCCUACGUCAAACUGCAUCUGCUGCCCGGAGCGUGCAAGGCCAACAAGUUGAAAACCAGGACAAUCAGGAACUCUCUGCACCCGGUGUGGAACGAGACUCUGACAUACAUCGGCAUCACUGAGGAAGACAUGCACAGGAAGACCCUCAGGUUGUCAGUGUGUGACGAGGACAAGCUGACUCACAACGAGUUCAUUGGGGAGUCGAGGGUUCCGCUGCGACGCGUCAAACCAGACCAGACCAAGUACUUCCACACCUGCCUGGAGCACCCGCCCCCGCUUCCUUCUCCUACAGCCAUGGGUACAGCUCUGAGGGGAAUAUCCUGUUACUUAAGAGAGUGGGAGAACGAGCAGCUGCACAGCCUUGAGGAGAGGGGCCGUCUCCUGCUCUCCCUGCAGUUCCUCCAGGCCAGGGAGGUGGAGGGGGGAGUGGGAGCGGGGGAAGACCUCCGUCGUGGCGGGGGGCUCUGUGUCGGCGUGCGGCGGUGUGCCCACCUGGCCGCCAUGGACGUCAACGGCUUCUCCGACCCCUACGUCAAAAUAUACCUGAAACCUGACAUACAGAAGAAAUCCAAGCACAAAACAGCAGUGAUUAAAAAGACACUCAACCCAGAGUUCAACGAGGAGUUCUUCUACGAGAUAUCUCUGGCAGAGCUGGCUCAUAAAACUCUCGAGGUCACGGUGUGGGACUACGACCUGGGCCGCUCCAACGACUUCAUCGGUGGUGUCUGUCUGAGCUGUCACUCACAGGGCGACGCCCUCCGUCAUUGGAUGGACUCUCUGAAGAACAAGGGACAGAGGGUGGAGCGAUGGCACAUUCUGACCAAUGAGCUCCCUCCUGCUGCUGCCGCCGUCGCCUCGACUCCUUCCUCAGAAGCCCCCAAGCCGCCGGUCCAGGACUCUGGCUCCACGUCUACAGCCGCCCCCGCGGUCCCCACCCCCGCCGCCGUCCCUACCCCCGCCGCCGUCCCCAUCCCCCCUGAGGUGGCCACGGAGGAGCUCGCAGCGGCUGCCACGGACGCCCCGCAGCCCGCCGGCUCCAGCACCGCCGUCCAGGGAGUGGAAGCCUCUUCUGCGCUGGUGACGGGAGCAGAGUACGAGGCCAUGCUGACGGAGAUCAUGUCCAUGGGCUACGAGAGGGAGCGGGUGGUGGCUGCUCUCCGGGCCAGCUUCAACAACCCCCACAGAGCUGUGGAGUACCUCCUCACUGGUAUUCCCAGCAGUCCGGUCCAGGAGACUAAUCCUCCCGCCCAGCCCCCCGCGUCGGGGCGCACCGACGCUCCCCCCCUCCCAGAGGGGGAGAACCCUCUGGAGUUCCUGCGGAGCCAGGCCCAGUUCCAGAACAUGAGGCACGCCAUCCAGCAGAACCCCGCAUUGCUGCCCACCCUACUGCAACAGCUUGGCCGCGAGAACCCCCAGCUCCUGCAGCAAAUCAGCCAGCACCAGGAGCUGUUCAUCCAGAUGCUCAACGAGCCAAUGGGAGAGGGGGGCGAGGGGCCGGAGGUGGGCGAGCUGGGGGCCGUCGGAGAGGAGGGCGCCCCGGUCAACUACAUCCAGGUCACCCCCCAGGAGAAGGAGGCCAUUGAGAGGUUAAAACAGCUGGGCUUCCCCGAGGCGCUCGUCAUCCAGGCGUACUUUGCCUGCGAGAAGAACGAGAACCUGGCCGCCAACUUCCUCCUCAACCAGGGCUUUGAAGACGACUGAGAAGACCAAGACUCCCCCCCCCCCCCC